CCCCGUAAGAAAACACAAGUGGGAUAACUUAAGCUUUCUAUCCUUGCUUAUCUCAAAAUUUAUUUGCCUCUUUAAUUAUUUUAAUGAAUGACUGAUGAGUGACGAGAAAGUUACGAGAUAUAGAUUCAUCUCUCCGGUACUAGGUGCAUCAAGGGAAAUAUUUUGCAUGUCAAGUAGACUAAUGAUAAGUGAAGGGGAAGGAAGAAGAAGAGGAAGAUCUGGAGAUGCCUCUGUACGACUGUAUGCUUCUGUUCAAGCCGGUAAUACGGAAGGAGGGUCUGAUCGAGCUCGUUGCGCGCAUAGGGAAACACGUGUACAGCAGAAAUGGAGUACUCACGGAGGUCAAAUCCUUCGGCAAGGUCGAAUUGGGUUACGGCAUCAGGAAGCUCGACGGAAGACACUAUCAGGGACAACUGAUGCAGAUAACAAUGAUGGCGACACCAAACAUGAACAAGGAGCUUCACUACCUCAACAAGGAAGACAAACUCCUGCGCUGGCUCCUCGUUAAACACCGCCACAUCAAGAUCGGAGCAUCUGAAAUGGAAGAUCGUCAGGACGAGUCUAGCAGAGUUACUAAUAAUAGGAGCUUGUAUGAUGAAUCCUCGACGGACGAAGAAGAAGACGAUAUCUUAGGCUUAAGGCGAUGAGGAGAAGCAAGAAGUCGUUUACUCUCAGACCACAGAGAGUGUCCUUCAUCUUUGUCUUAUGGUUAUUGGCUGAUAAACCCCACAUGUAUUGACACGUCAUCUUUGCAUGGGCAGAGCGUGUCUCUGUUUUUAGAACUUGAUUUUUUUCGUUAUUUUUAUUUUUUAUUUUUAAAAAUAGAGGUGAUCGUUGGUGAUAAACAUGAACAAAACACUUGUUGCAUCUUCGUCGUCCAUCGGCUUUCUCAAUUAGGGUUUCCUCUCA